AUGAUGAAUGGGGUAGAAGAAACCUCUGUGAAAUGUGUACUGGUCGGGGACUCUGCUGUGGGUAAAACGGCACUCCUUGUACGCUUCACUUCUGAAACGUUCCCAGACAGCUACAAACCUACCGUCUAUGAAAACACUGGCGUCGAUGUAUUCAUGGACGGGAUCCAGAUCGGCCUGGGAUUGUGGGAUACGGCAGGACACGACACAUUCCGCCAAAUCCGGCCAAUGUCGUACCAGCAGGCGGAUGUGGUGUUGCUGUGUUAUUCCGUAGCGAAUCCUAACUCGUUGCUUAAUCUGCGGCAGAAAUGGAUCGGCGAAGUGAGGCAAUAUCUUCCGAAGGUACCCGUGCUGGUGGUCGCCACACAGACGGACCACCGUGAGAUGGGCCCAUAUCGUGCUAACUGCACAGCGGCCUCGGAGGGCAAACAGGUGGCACAGGAGAUCCGUGCAAAGGGAUACCUGGAAUGCUCGGCACUCAGCAACCGUGGCGUGCAGCAGGUUUUUGAGUGCGCGGUUCGAACGGCCGUCAAUCGGGCCCGAAGACAGACAAGGCGGAGACUGCUAGACUUUAACCCCUGUAAAAUCUCCUAAUACUUGUUAAACAGGGAUUAUAUUUAAUUGUACCACAUGUUCUUAGAACAACAGUUUGUUGGUCACUAACCAGAAUUCCGAUUUUUUUUAAGCACAGUCAGUAUGUUUUCAAAAAGACGUAAAUAAUUCAUCAUGAAGCUGUUCGCUUCAGAUUAAAUGCUUUAACUACAUUGUAACAUUUGUUGAAAAUGCAGACUAGCUCUGUAAACUAGUUUUUAUUUUGUCUCAUUCGUUAGUAAGAAGUAAAGAAGAACCCAUUAAAUCUCUUUGGGUCACACAGAGCUGUGACAAAUGUUGCGUACCAUCAUAAGAAACAUUUUAGCCUUAAAUGUAAAAACAAAUCUUUUCAUUUAGUAUUUAUGAUUUGCCGACAAUGCUUUUGCUCUCUGUCGGACACAGUUUGUGUAGGUUAGGAAAAGCUACAUCUAGGAGUUCAGUCCUGAAAUGUUUAUUCCUAAAAUGUUGACUACCUUUAUGGGGUCAUUUAUUAAGUCAAAAACUAAAGCUUGUAGUUUGUUAUGUCUGUGUGGUCUGUCAUGUACAGCGAACCGAGAAACGUGUGUGUAGUGAAAUGUGUGUGUUUGUAUCAGUUUUGCAUAAAUGAGAGCAAGGCAGUCUAAGUUUAAACAAAGUCAAAGUUGUGACCAAGUCCUUGAAAACCCAGCUAAAGUCUUUUUUGUCAUUUACUGUUUUGUACAUAAAAUCAUGCUACGUAAUGUAAAGAAAAUUUUGUAAAAAAUAACCUUGAUAUCUUUAAUAUUGACCGAGUAAGGCUAUGUCAAAGAUAAUGAAAUAAAACUUUAAUGCUCCUGAACUAUUAGAUUAUGAGACUUUAGCCUGGAUUUAAAGACAGGGUCACAUUUGCUAAAACACGCAAGUUGCCUUAAAUUUAUGCCAAAUGCAAAACCUGACAUCAAUGAAUCGACCAAACUGUAAAAAAUACUUUGCUGCCUGAAAUUUUUUUGUUGAAUCAACUCGGAUUUACAAGUCAUUUCAACUUACUAUUAUUUAUCUUGACCAGAGAUGAGUUGUUAUAAAAUUAAGUUGGCUUUUCUCAACUAUAUUUUAUAAGUUGUGACAACUCAUCUCUGUUGACAUGACUUGAAAAUCUGUGUUGAUUUAACAAAAAAAUUUAAGGCAGCAAAGUAUUUUUACAGUGCAUUGGAGAGUUGAAACUACGCUGGCUGUUAUAAAUGUGACACUGACAUUGUAAAUGUUACGGGCAAACGUCUAUACAGACACAACCUUGGAAAUUGUAUUUACCUGAUGUGAUCAGAACCGUAUAGUUAAAAACGACCAAUAAAUAAUGUGUCACAGAUAAAAAGUAUAUAGUUCAAGUUUUCUUAUGAUUUAUACUGUAUAAUUAUUUUGUAAACUAUGGGUAUAUGCACUAUUGAUUGUCAAUGUGAGUGUGCGAUAUAAGUGUGCUAGUGUGUAACAAGACU